AUGUGUGCAGCUUGGAAUCGCUUCAAAGAUCUAAUGAGGAGGUGUCCUCAUUACCCUAUGACCAAUGGUGAUCAGGUCCGGAUCUUCUUCAACGGUUGUAAACCGGCAAUCCGGAUGGUCCUGAAUGGUGCAGCAGGUGGUAGCAUCAAAUCGAUGAGAGCAAAUGAGACUCUUGCAUUGAUUGAAAGAAUGGCUGCCAAUGAAAAUGAAGGGUUGCCAUCUAAGUCUAAGAGAGGUAUUCUUCACCUGGACAAUAAUGAUGCAGUGCUAGCUGAAAAUAAAUUGUUAUCACAGCAAAUGGCAAAUCUAACAUCGAGGCUUGACAAGAUGCAACUCUCUAGUGUCCAAGCCCAAGCUGCUUCAGUAGUUUGUGAGUACUGCAAGGGUGACCAUGAAUCCAAUGACUGUUCAUCUAUAUUAUCUUCUGACUCCCCUCAACAAGUGCAGGCGAAUGGGGUAUGGUAUGAUCAAAGAUCUCCGCCACGAAACAGUCCGAGGAAUCAGAAUUUCCCUUCUGGAAAUACCAAUUUUCAGAGGAGAGGUCAAGGAGGUGGUCUUGAUUAUAGUUCUAACAAUUAUCUACAGCCUCCACCAAUUCCAGCUAAGGAACCCUCUAAUUUGGAGAAGCUAGUGGGACAGAUGGCUCAACACUCCAAUGCCUUCAUGGAAGAGACAAGGGCCAAUAUACCAAGAACACACAGGGCCAUACAGCUGAACCUUGAAGAUCGACCUGAUAUUCUAUGCAGAGUCUUCAAGUUCAAAUUGGAUCAGUUGCUACAUGAUUUAAAAAAGGAAAAUAUUCUUGGCAGAGUCAUUGCAUAUGUUUGUACAAUCGAAUUUCAAAAGCGCGGACUACCUCAUGCUCAUAUUCUUCUAUUCUUGAACCCUUCAAGCAAAGCUGAAAGUGCUCUUGAUAUUGAUAAAUUGAUUUUAGCGGAGAUACCUGACAAGGAAACGAAUCCUACGCUGUUUAUGGUUGUCACGAGUUACAUGAUACAUGGUCCAUGUGGUCCUGAAAAUUACAAAUCUCCUUGCAUGAAGGACGGACGGUGUUCAAAAAAAUUUCCAAAAAACUUCUACUCCCGUACUUUGAUUGACGAUGAUGGAUUUCCUCAUUAUAAGAGAAGAAAUGAUGGGAGAGUUGUGAACAAAAAUGGUGUUGAACUUGAUAAUCGUUAUGUUGUGCCCUAUAAUGCACACCUUCUUUUAAAGUACCAGGCUCAUAUCAACGUUGAAUAUACUUGCCAGAGAAGUGCCAUUAAAUAUCUUUUUAAAUACAUCCACAAAGGGAAUGACAGAGUGACAGCUGCCAUAAAUCAUUCGGACGAUGAAAUAAAAAUGUUUUAUGACUGCAGGUAUGUCUCCGCAUGUGAAGCAGCUUGGAGAAUAUUUGGAUUUGACAUUCAUUCGAGAUAUCCCUCUGUUCAGAGAUUGCCAUUUCACUUGCCUAAUGAAAAGAACAUUAUUUUCAGUGAUAAUGAUUCGUUGUAUGAUGUAAAGACAAGGGCGGAGUCUAGACUGUCAAUUUUUGAGUCUUGGAUGGAUGGAAAUAAAAAAUAUCCAGGAGGACUUCUGGAUGAUAACAAUGAGUACAUUGAUGCAAUUAAGGAGGCAAGUUCCUGGGGAUUUGCUGCUUAUCUUAGAUGUCUGUUUGCUCUGUUGUUAUUUGCCAACUCAAUGAACAGACCUGAAAAAGUUUGGGAAAAGUGUUGGAAAUUUUUAUCCGACGACGUUGUUUAUCGGCAUAGGAAAAGAAUAGGACGUCAAGAUGCAAUUCUUACAGAAGAGUCUAUAAAAAACAUAACUCUUGAAGAAAUUGAUAAGGUACUGCAGAGCAAUGGGAAAUGCCUCUCUGAUUAUCCGUCAAUGCCACGCAUCAAUAGUGAAACUUUGCUUGAUAUGCAAAAUCGAUUAGUGUUGGAUGAAUUAAUGUAUGACAGAUUUGCUUUGGAAGAGGAGCAUAAAAGACUAAUUAAUUCCCUCACUGAUGAGCAGAAAGCUGUUUAUGAUAAAAUUGUUUCAGCAGUUACGGCAGGUAAUGGAGGGUUAUUUUUCCUAUACGGGUUCGGUGGUACAGGAAAAACAUUUAUUUGGAAUACUCUUUCAGCAUCUAUUAGAUCAAAAGUUGGAAUCGUACUUAAUGUUGCUUCUAGCGGAAUUGCUUCCCUUCUGCUUCCUGGAGGACGAACAGCGCAUUCUAGAUUUCGUAUUCCUAUUCAAAUCAAUGAAGAUUCAACGUGUAAUAUAAGGCCGAAAUCUACUAUAGCUGAGUUGCUGUCAAAAACAAAGUUAAUCAUUUGGGAAGAAGCUCCAAUGGUACAUAGAUUUUGCUUUGAGGCUCUGGAUAGGACACUGAGAGAUGUUCUUAGAAUUUCUGAUUCAAGCUGUGUUGAUAUGCCAUUUGGUGGAAAAGUUGUUAUUCUAGGAGGUGACUUUCAGCAAAUAUUACCUGUCAUUCCUCAUGGCAGCAGACAAGAUAUAGUUCAUGCAACCAUCAAUUCUUCUCAUCUAUGGUCCCAUUGUCAUUUAUUAACUUUGACCAAGAACAUGCGUCUUAAUUCUGGAAGUAGCGCUCACAAUUUAGAGGAAAUAAAAGAAUUUUCUGAGUGGCUACUUAAAGUUGGGGAUGGUAAUCUUGGAGAUGAUGUUGAUGGAGAAUCUAUUAUAACAAUUCCAGAUGAAUUGUUGAUUAGAGAAUCGGAAGAUCCGCUGUCGGAUAUGGUUAAUUUUGUUUAUCCGAAUCUCUUGGAUAAUAUUUUGGAUCAGACCUUCUUUAAAGAACGUGUUAUUCUAACUCCUAAAUUGUCCGAUGUUGCUAUGCUAAACGAGCACCUAAUGUCUAUGAUUCCUGUUGAAGAAAGGACUUUUUUGAGUUCAGAUAAAAUUCUUAAGCAAGGUGGGACUUCCUCUGUUGAGGAUGAUGAAAUCACCCCUGAGAUCUUAAAUACAUUAUCAUGCUCAGGGAUUCCUGAUAAUAAAUUAAUCUUGAAAGUUAAAGUUCCAGUAAUGCUAUUAAGAAAUAUUGAUCAGUCGAGAGGUUUAUGCAAUGACACGAGAUUGCUUAUUACAAAAUUAGGGAAUCAUGUUGUUGAGGCAAUUGUACUUACAGGAAGCAAUAUAAGGAAAAUUGCCAUGACUAUCAACAAGAGUCAAGGACAAUCACUUUCACAUGUUGCAAUUUAUCUCCCUAAGCCUAUCUUCACUCAUGG